GCCGCCGCCGCCGCCGCCGCCCCCGGCAUGGCCCCGCCGCCCCGCCGCCGCCCAGGUGUCAGCAGUCCCAUCAGGGCCGUGCCCUUCGAAGGUGGACAGCAGCGGGCAGCUCGCAGGCUCUGAAGAGCAGUUACACUUCUCUCUGGAUCAGUGCUCCUAGGUCACCCGGCUGAAGGCGCAACGGGGCUGCGUGUUGCUGAUUCCUGGCUAUCUUGCCCCACGGAUCUGGCUCUUCCUGGUGGACGGAUCGAAGGCUUGCUGUGAUGGGGAUGCCCUGAGCCCUCACCUCAGGAGCUUCAGGCCUGGAUGUUGGUGCUGCUCCUCCCAGACGAUGUGGCUGAUAAUCUGGAGAAGCCCUCUCUUGCCCCCUCUUCUCCAAGUGCCUGAGCCGGUGGCUGGCUGGGACCUGCGUCUUGCCCUCUGGGUCCUGAGUUUUGCCUCCACUAUUGUGCGCAUGGAAGGCCAGGUCUACUCUCCGACUGUCAAUACUCACUAUGGGAAGUUACGGGGGGUGCGCGUGCCGCUGCCCAGUGAGAUUCUGGGACCUGUGGACCAGUACUUGGGGGUGCCUUACGCCGCACCCCCCAUUGGGGAGAAGAGGUUCAUGCCCCCUGAGCCACCGCCAUCCUGGUCGGGCAUCAGGAAUGCUACCCACUUCUCACCAGUCUGCCCCCAGAACAUUCACAACGCCGUUCCUGAGAUCAUGCUGCCCAUCUGGUUUACCUCCAAUUUGGAUAUAGUGGCCACGUACAUCCAGGACCCCAAUGAGGACUGUCUGUACCUCAACAUCUACAUCCCCACGGAGGAUGGAGCCAGCGCUAAGAAACAGGGCGAGGACUUAGCGGAUAAUGACGGGGAUGAAGACGAAGACAUCCGGGACAGCGGGGCCAAGCCCGUGAUGGUGUAUAUCCACGGCGGCUCGUACAUGGAGGGCACGGGGAACAUGAUAGACGGCAGCGUGCUGGCCAGCUAUGGGAACGUCAUCGUCAUCACCCUCAACUACCGCGUUGGAGUGCUCGGGUUCCUGAGCACGGGCGACCAGGCCGCCAAGGGCAACUACGGGCUGCUGGACCAGAUACAGGCGCUGCGCUGGGUCAGCGAGAACAUCGCCUUCUUCGGGGGAGACCCCUUGCGCAUCACCGUCUUUGGCUCCGGCAUCGGCGCCUCCUGCGUCAGCCUGCUCACCCUCUCCCACCACUCGGAAGGUCUCUUCCAGAGAGCUAUCAUCCAGAGCGGCUCUGCACUGUCCAGCUGGGCAGUGAACUACCAGCCUGUGAAGUACACAAGCAUGCUGGCCGACAAGGUGGGCUGCAACGUGCUGGAUACGGUGGACAUGGUGGACUGUCUGCGGCAGAAGAGUGCCAAGGAGCUGGUGGAGCAAGACAUCCAGCCAGCCCGCUACCACGUGGCCUUUGGGCCGGUCAUUGAUGGCGAUGUGAUCCCAGAUGACCCAGAGAUCCUCAUGGAGCAGGGCGAGUUCCUCAAUUACGAUAUUAUGCUGGGCGUCAACCAGGGCGAGGGUCUGAAGUUCGUGGAGGGCGUGGUGGACCCUGAGGAUGGGGUCUCAGGCAGCGACUUUGACUACUCAGUGUCCAACUUUGUAGACAACCUGUAUGGCUACCCCGAGGGCAAGGACACCUUGCGGGAGACCAUCAAGUUCAUGUACACGGACUGGGCCGACAGGGACAACCCUGAGACACGCCGCAAGACCUUGGUGGCCCUUUUCACCGACCACCAGUGGGUAGAGCCAUCAGUGGUGACAGCUGACCUGCAUGCCCGCUAUGGCUCCCCCACUUACUUCUACGCCUUCUACCACCACUGCCAGAGCCUGAUGAAGCCUGCAUGGUCUGAUGCGGCCCACGGGGAUGAGGUGCCUUAUGUGUUCGGGAUCCCCAUGAUCGGCCCCACAGACCUCUUUCCCUGCAACUUCUCCAAGAACGACGUCAUGCUCAGCGCCGUGGUGAUGACCUACUGGACCAACUUUGCCAAGACGGGGGACCCCAACAAGCCCGUCCCCCAGGACACCAAGUUCAUCCACACCAAGGCCAACCGCUUUGAGGAGGUGGCCUGGUCCAAGUACAACCCCCGUGACCAGCUGUACCUGCACAUUGGGCUGAAGCCACGAGUGCGCGACCACUACCGGGCCACGAAGGUGGCUUUCUGGAAGCAUCUGGUGCCCCACCUGUACAACCUGCACGACAUGUUCCACUACACCUCCACCACCACCAAAGUGCCGCCGCCCGACACCACGCAGAACUCCCACAUCACCCGCCGGCCCAACGGCAAGAUCUGGACCACCAAGCGCCCCGCCAUCUCGCCCGCCUACAACAGUGAGAACGGCAAGGAGAAGUGGAGCCCAGAGCAGGAAGCGGGCACGCUGCUGGAGAACCCACGCGACUACUCCACCGAGCUCAGCGUCACCAUUGCCGUGGGUGCCUCCCUGCUCUUCCUCAACGUGCUGGCCUUCGCCGCGCUCUACUACCGCAAGGACAAGCGCCGGCAGGACACGCACCGGCAGCCCAGCCCUCAGCGCAGCGCCACCAACGACAUUGCCCACGCGCCCGACGAGGAGAUGCCCUCGCUGCAGGCAAGCCAGGCGCACCACGAGUGCGAGGCGGUGCCGCCCCACGACGCCCUGCGCCUCGCCGCCCUGCCCGACUACACGCUGACCCUGCGCCGCAGCCCGGAUGACAUCCCGCUCAUGACGCCCAACACCAUCACCAUGAUCCCCAACUCCCUCGUGGGGCUGCAGACCCUGCACCCCUACAACACCUUCGCUGCCGGCUUCAACAGUACGGGGCUCCCGCACUCACACUCCACCACCAGGGUAUAGCUGCCCGGCGGCCCGUGCACGCGCACCCGCACGCACGCACACGCACGCACGCACGCACGCAGCAGACACUGGCAGCG